AUGAAGGAAUUGAAGGGUUCAGAGGGAGAUGAUGUGCCUCGACACCAAGAGAUAUUUAGGAUAAUGGCUCAAAUGCCCCUGCUUAUUCCUGAGGGCGCAGGGAAGGCCCGAUGGAAUUUGAACUCACCGGGAGAUGUUCCGUUUUGUGUCACACAUUUGACUUUUUUUUUUCUUCCUCUUCCUUCCUUUUUGCUUCGCUUCUAUUCGCUAUUGGGUGCAACUUCACACGCACAGGAUGUCCUUCCCUCCGCUUUCUUGUCAUCCUCUUACGGUGCAAAUAACGCACGUGCUACCUUUUUAUUUUGGUACUUGUCACCAGUCCCUUCCGUUUGUGAUUUGCUCCGCUUUCGGAUUUGCCGCGCUACUAUCCACACAAGAAGGAUGGCUGCUACUGUUGUGCGUAAACACAUCAUUGUGUAUUUAAAGCUACACAGAUGCAUAUGCUUAGCCAUUUUUGUUUGCAUACCAGAGGCCUGUACUAUCACUUGCAUCUGCCUCGUCUACUGUUAUAUCUCUUUUUGUGCCCCGACGGAAACAUUCGGGCCUUUCUCUCUAAACAUACAACGAAAGAAACAUCCCCACUCAUUUUCCACCCAAACGGAGAAAACAAAAUAA